AUGGCCUACACCGCCGGCUGCAGGCAGGGAAUCUGCCUACGCGGUCCGCUGCAGACCGCCUCGAGCUUCGUGCAGGAUUUCCUGGAAGCCCUGAGCUUUUGCUUGGAGGUGUGCGUGCGGGCGGCGGACAGAGACAAUUCUGGUGCCACAGUCCUGCACCUGGCCGCCCGCUUCGGCCACCCCGAGUUGGUGGAAUGGCUCCUGCGCCAUGGCGGUGGGGAGGCCACCGCGACCACAGACACGGGCGCCCUGGCCAUCCACUAUGCUGCCGCCAAAGGAGACUUCCCCUCCCUGAGGCUCCUCAUCGGGCACUAUCCUGAGGGAGUGAAUGCGCAAACCAAGAACGGUGCCACGCCCCUGUACCUGGCGUGCCAGGAGGGCCACCUGGAGGUGACGCAGUACCUGGUGCAGGAGUGCGGCGCGGACCCGCACGUGAGAGCCCAAGACGGCAUGACCCCGCUGCAUGCCGCGGCGCAGAUGGGCCACUGCCCGGUCAUCGUGUGGCUGGUGAGCUGCACCGACGUGAGCCUCUCGGAGCAGGACAAUGACGGCGCCACGGCCAUGCACUUCGCGGCCAGCCGCGGCCACGCCAAAGUGCUCAGCUGGCUCCUGCUGCACGGCGGCGAGAUCACGGCCGACCUGUGGGGCGGGACCCCUCUGCACGACGCCGCUGAAAACGGGGAGCUGGAGUGCUGCCAGAUCCUGGUAGUGAACGGCGCGGAGCUGGACGUCCGCGACCGUGACGGGUACACGGCGGCCGACCUCUCGGACUAUAAUGGCCACAGCCACUGCACCCGCUACCUGCGCACCGUGGAGAACCUGAGUGUGGAGCACCGCGUGCUGUCCCGGGAUCCGUCUGCUGAGCUGGAGACCAAACAGCCCGACUCGGGCAUGUCUUCACCCGAUACCACCGUGUCGGUCCAGCCGCUGAACUUUGACCUCAGCUCACCCACCAGCACCCUCUCCAACUACGACUCCUGCUCCUCCAGCCACUCCAGCAUCAAGGGCCGGCGCCCCCCACGUGGCCUUGCCAGCUCCAGAGCUGCAGACAUACAAAGCUACAUGGACAUGCUGAGCCCCGAGCUGGGCCGACCCCAGGGCAAGAUGGGGAGAACCACACCACCACCACCACCACCCAGCUUCCCUCCGCCGCCCCCACCCCCAAGCACCCAACUGCCCCCACCCCCACCAGGCUACCCGGCUCCCAAGCCCCCUGUGGAGCCACAUGCCGCGGACAUCUACGUGCAGACCAAGAGCAAACUCCGCCAUGUGGAGAAGGAGGCCUUCAAGAAGGAGCUGAGCUCCCGCGACGGCCACAACGGGCUGCGGAGGCAGGACUCCAGCCGCAAGCCCCGCGCUUUCAGCAAGCAGCCCAGCACGGGGGACUACUACCGCCAGCUGGGCCGCUGUCCCGGGGAGCCGCUGGCCACACGCCCGGGCAUGGCGCACAGCGAGGAGGUGCGUGCCUGCCAGCCCGCGCCCGCCGGCCGCCCGGGACCCGGCCCGGCCGCCCGCUUCUCACUCGCCAGCCCCUCCGCUCCCCCGCAGGCGGCGCUGCUCCCCGGGAACCACGUGCAUAACGGCUGCGCCGCGGACCCCAAGGCGUCCAGGGAGCUGCCCCCGCCGCCCCCGCCGCCGCCGCCGCCCCUGCCGGAGGCCCAUAGCUCGCCGCCGCCGGCUCCACCUCUGCCCUUCGAGGGCGCUGGCCCUGGCUGCGGGCAGCGUCGCUCCUCCUCGUCCACUGGCAGCACCAAGUCUUUCAACAUGAUGUCCCCGACGGGUGACAACUCGGAGCUACUGGCGGAGAUCAAGGCCGGCAAGAGUCUGAAGCCGACGCCGCAGAGCAAGGGGCUGACCACGGUGUUCUCGGGCAGCGGGCAGCCGAUCUCCCAGCCCGAAGCGCCGCUGCCGCAGGCGUCGCCCGCGCUGUCCCGGGCCCGCAGCCCCACCCCGCCGGCCGUGGGGCCCCAGCCACUGCUCAACGGCAGCGUGGCGCCGGCGCCGCCCGCCACCCCGGCGCCAGGCGUGCAGCUCGACGUGGAGGCGCUCAUCCCCACGCACGAUGAGCAGGGCCGGCCCAUCCCCGAGUGGAAGCGCCAGGUGAUGGUGCGGAAGCUGCAGCUGAAGAUGCAGGAGGAGGAGGAGCAGAGACGGAAGGAGGAAGAGGAGGAGGCCCGGCUGGCCAGCAUGCCUGCCUGGAGGCGAGACCUCCUGCGGAAGAAGCUAGAAGAGGAGAGGGAGCAGAAGCGGUGA